CCAGCGGCAGAACCUGAGCCAGGAGAACCCCAGCCAGAAGAACCCCAGCCAGGAGAACCACAGCCAGGAGAACCCCAGCCAGGAGAACCCCAGCCAGGAGAACCGGAGCGGUUCCCAGAGGAGCAGGAGUCAUGGCCCAGAGUGAGGGGGGGAAGCCCCAGACGAGGGGCCGGGUGAGGCAGCUCAGGGAGGGGCUGCAGAGCCGCUCCCUCCAGGCCAGGAAGAGGGUGGAGAGCGUGAACAGGGACGACGUGACCGGCUUCCUCAAACGCAACGCCUUCGUCAUCUUCACCGUGGCAGCCGUGAUCAUCGGUAUUCUGCUGGGCUUCGCUCUGCGGCCGUAUGGGAUGUCGUACCGGGAGGUGAAGUACUUCUCCUUCCCCGGAGAACUGCUGAUGAGGAUGCUGCAGAUGCUGGUGCUGCCCCUGCUGGUCUCCAGCCUCAUUACAGGCAUGGCAGCGCUGGACAGCCGUGCGUCAGGUAAGAUGGGUCUGAGGGCUGUGGUGUACUACACCACCACCACGGUCAUCGCCGUGUUCAUCGGUAUCAUCAUGGUGCUGGUCAUCCACCCCGGCAAGGGCUCCAAGGACGAGUUCACCAAGCAGCAGAAGAUCGAGCAAGUCAGGCCCGCCGACGCCUUCAUGGACCUCAUCAGAAACAUGUUUCCUCCUAACCUGGUGCAAGCGUGCACACAGCAGUUCAAGACCCAGUACGGGAAGAGGAUCAUCUACAUGAAGCUGACGGUAAACGACACCCUGUUCACGGUGAACGGCAGCGAUCAGAUGGCCCUGGAGGAGAUGGUGCCCAUACCGGGAGCCGUGAACGGGGUGAACGCCCUGGGCCUGGUGGUGUUCUCCAUGUGCUUCGGUCUCAUCAUCGGGAGCAUGAAGGAGCAGGGCCAGCCGCUCAAAGACUUCUUUGACUGCCUCAACGAAGCCAUCAUGAGGCUGGUCGCCAUCAUCAUGUGGUACGCACCUAUCGGCAUCCUGUUCCUGAUCUCCGGGAAGAUCGUGGAGAUGGACGACAUCACCCAGAUGGGCGGGCAGCUGGCCAUGUACACGGUGACGGUCAUCGUUGGCCUUCUGAUCCACGCCCUCGUGGUCCUGCCCAGUCUCUACUUCCUGGUGGUGAGGAAGAACCCCUUCGUGUUCAUCUCCGGCCUGCUACAGGCCCUCGUCACUGCCCUGGGGACCUCCUCCAGCUCUGCCACGCUGCCCAUCACGUUCAAAUGCCUGGAGGAGAACAACAAGGUGGACAAGCGAGUGACCCGCUUCGUGCUGCCCGUGGGCGCCACCAUCAACAUGGACGGCACGGCCCUGUACGAGGCCCUGGCGGCCAUCUUUAUCGCCCAGGUCAACAACAUGGACCUCAACUUCGGCCAGAUCCUCACCAUUAGUAUAACGGCUACCGCCGCCAGCAUCGGAGCAGCCGGAAUCCCCCAGGCGGGCCUCGUCACCAUGGUGAUAGUUCUAACCUCUGUGGGUCUGCCCACCGAUGACAUCACCCUGAUCAUCGCCGUCGAUUGGUUCUUGGACCGAUUACGUACCAUGACCAACGUUCUCGGGGACUCCAUCGGCGCGGGGAUCGUGGAGCACCUGUCUCGGAACGAGCUCAAGGACCCGGAGGCGGGAAACUCUGUGGUGGAGGAGGCCAACAAGAAACCGUACCAGCUCAUCAACCAGGAGAACGAUUACGAGAACCAGAAACCAGACAACAGCGAGACCAACAUGUAGAACCGCGCUGGUCACGCUCGGCAGGCGAGACGCACGCAUCGCGGUUCUUUCCCUUCUCCCCCCUGGUAUCAAGUGUCGCUAAUUUGGGUGGAGAAGAAUGCCAGGUUAAAUGCCAGACCAACUUCUUCGUAGUUUAAUAAGAAAUUAUGCAAAUCAAACAAUGAACACAGCACACCAAGGUGUCUCAGUCCAGAUCAGUGAUACCAGUCGAUGUUACCAGUCUCGCUUCACAGAGCAGAGAAAACCAAGGCCCUCGUGAGAACAGUCUCUACAGAAGUCAGACAGAGUUCUGCCCAGUCCAGUCCUGCUGACAUGUGCAGGGCACACAGGUCUUGUACCCCCCUGAGAGGGAGGUGUUUGUUAGGUCAGUGGUCAGAAGACAGUGGGGAGGGGAUGUGCUCAUCCUAUGAGGUCUGUGGGCAGUUUGUGGGCAGUCCAAAAGUCUGAUGAUGUCCA